AUGGGGGACCUGCCCUGGGCGCCGCCAGAGGCCCAAGCGCCCAGCACCGCAGGAGCUGGAGACGUCGCUGAGCACCAGGUGGCGCCGGCGCGGUUCCUACAGGGUGCCUGGAGGCAGGCUGCGGGGUGGCUGUGCCGGGAGACUGGAGCGGCUCCUGGCUCCGCGCAGGCAGGGCCCCCAGAGACAGCUCAUGCAGCAGAUCCGCAGCCCCGGGGCCCUCAGGCACCGCCGCGGCUGCCGCCCUCGCUCAGUCCCGAGCGCGUCCACCCUGGCCAGCCAGCUGCCCCCGCUGAACCUGCGCCGGGCGCUCCGGCCCUCCGCCGGGGCCCCAGCCAACCCCGCGGGCUCAGGCUCCCAGUUCCUGUCCCAGCCUGCGCCCGCUCCAGCGCCCCCGGCUCUCCAGCUGCUCUUCCCGACUCCUAUCCUUGGCCGCCCCCAGCGCGGAACCGACCCGCGACCCUACCUCCAACAUCGCCGGUCUCGCCUCUCGCAGCCUUUUUGGCGUCCGCGCCUCAGCGUUGAAGCCAGGGCCCCUCGUGAGCUCGGCGCCCAGCCUGCCAAGUCCUCUUCUGCCUCAGCUCUCACAGCAGUGUCUUCCCCGCCUGCUGGUCGGCAUCGCGCCACAGCCAAUGUCUCCUGUUGCUGUCCGCCCCCGCGAAGCGCUGCAAGGGCCAGCGCCCAACCUGUCGCUGCGGAAGACCCGGGCAUAGAACCUGUUCUGGUGCUGGGCAAGCGCUUCCGCCCCAAGUCCCCGACCUGGGCAACCUGGGGGAGCCCAGGGAAUAGCGCUCCGGACCCAGAGGCUGGACAGCCAGCCCGCCCGCUCGUCCCUGGCCACUAGGCGCCCCGGACCUGACCACCGCCCCCGCCACCUCCGCCGGUGGGCAAGGAGGGUCCCCUUUCAGCCUGCAGUUCCUCAGCAGAGAGGAGGGCCCUCCGCAGGCCCGCGCCCGGUCCCACACUGGGGAGAAGCCGUUCAGCGGCGCCAUCUGCGGUAGGGCCUUCACCACCAAGGGCAACCUCCAGGUACACUUGGCACUCACAUGUGGAAUAACGACCCUGGCAACCUCCCCCAAGGCCGGCUGCCGCGGUGGAACAGUCCAUGGCUCUGCUAGGGGAUGAUGGUCUGAAGUUCUCUGAAACAUUCCGGAAGGAUCUGACAGCCCAAAUAAUGAAUGGCGACCCCGAUUUUUGGAACCAGGAAGCUGCAGCUCACCCCCAGGAGCUUCCCAUAAAGAACAAUGAGAUUUCCAUCGUUCAGAACAGAGGCUUUUCCCAGAUUCCAGGAAGUUCUGGCUGCUGCACCAUCCCUCUGGGUACCCUGGGGUGCAAAGAGCGCAAAAUAGCCCUCCCAUUGUCAGUCUGGACAACGCACCUCAGCGGCCUGCACAGCAGGCAGCGUCCAUUCGCCAGGUUACCCAGGAGAACAAGGAGAUGGUCUAAACUAGCUCAACACACGGGACUCGCGUCCUUCAACAGUGAGUCUGACUGUUCUUGAGAACUCUGCAACCUUUUAAGUGAAAAAAAAAAAAAAAAAAAAAGGUGAUUGCAAAACGGCCUCAGGAACAGAAAGAGCCCAGGCAAUCCUCACUUCUUUUCUACUAAAACCCAGUAAUCCCUAGAGGGAGAAAGGGCGUCUCCUGCAGUAUUCCAGUGAAACUCGCUGGUUUUGCUCGAAUUAGACACUUGAACUAUGUUUUUAGAACUCUUCAUCUUAAAAGAAGUGGUUUAGUACUCCAAA